AUGUUGAUGAUGAAGCAUGUACAGGUGAUAAAACAUGUUGAUGCAAUGAAGAAGUUGAAAGUACAAGGAAAAGGAAGAGAAGAGAUUAGUAAGGAAACUACAAAGAUGAAGGUGAAGAAGCAAACGAAGAAAGAGACAAGUGUUGUGGAAAAUGAUGAUCUUGUCGCCUAUACUGCUGAUUACUGGCAACCAAGGCACCAUCCUCCCAAGAACAACUAA